GCCUUAUUUUCCAGUUUGUGAGCUGCUGAUCUUUAUUGCCUGCAUGAGGUCAGAAAGCAGUAUUUAAAUCAUUUUUGUGCCUGUUUUGCUGAAAGUCAUCGAUGGUGCCAAGGUGGGACGUAAUUCCCUGACGACUUCUAGUCAUUGAAGCCGAGCAUUUCCGAAAGUCGCGAAGGACAACGAGAUUCCCCGAAAUUCACCGAGAGUAAACGAACAAGAGAUACCAUUGAUUUUGGUGACGUAUACACGUGAUUGUUUGUCGAACUGAAGCAGGAAUGAUUGAUAGAACUAUGAACACUAAUGAGAAUGAUAAUCUGAUGGACAUUAAUUGUUCAGUUAUUUAGAAACUUGAUUUUAUAGGGGAACUUUCAACAUAUGUUGCUUUUUAUUUUAUCUCAGUCCUUGACUGAUGUUGAAGAUAAAUACUUGUGUUCGUGGAUGGAUCAAUACAGGAUCCUCACAGUUGAUGUUAGUGUUGAGAUGAGACAAAUGAUGCUUAAGAGGAAAAGGAGACAGUUUUAGAAGAAGAAAAAAAAACAACUCUGAUGAUAACAGUGAAGUUAAGAGUAUAUUUGAAUUUAUGAUGUUCUUGGUGAAAUGGUAAACUGCAUGGAGUUCGCAGUGUUUGCAAAUGAAGUGUUUAAUAUUGAUAUGUGAUUAGAACAAAGGGUCGAGAAGUUUGAGUUAAGUGUUAUAUUAUAUUUGAACGUGAUUCAGGUUAUUGUGAGUGGAUCAGCACAGGAUCCUUCACAGAGUGAGUGGUGAUAUUGAAAAACAAAACAAUUAUUUUGACGGUAUGUUGAAGAUAGACAAAUGAAACGUUGAAACAGGUCGAUCAAAGGUAUAUUCAGUUGUAGAAAUAUUUAUCAGUUUUGGGUGUCUCGAGACAAGGUAAAUUUGAAGUGGAAAUAAGUGAUCUUUUUUUUUUGAGAAUCUACAUUGUAUUUUUUUGUUUGUCCUGAAUUUUAUCAGUGAGAAACCAUUUUUAUUUCUAAUUGGAAAUCAAACAAAAUUAACUGAAAUAAAUUGUAAAUAAUAUCACACUGAAUGGCACAAGUUUGAUGUGAGUUUUAUUUGAGUAUAUCCAUGUGACAUUUUCUGGGGGCUUGUCCGGGAGUCCAACUUGUGCCGUUCGCAGUCACAUGGGUAAUGUGUUCGUUGGAAUAUUAUAUUUUUGAAUUUUUGGAAUAUUGAAACAUUGUUUAUCUGACCUCAUUUAGACGAAGUAGAAUUUUUCAAUUACAGUAGGAUAGAUUUUUUUUUCCAAAAUGGAUUAUACUAGUUUAAUUGCAGCUGGUGAAAAGUUUGGGUUUACUGGCGAAGACCUUAGAAAUUUUGUUUCAGAAGAACAGAAAAAGCAAAGGGAAGAGAGAGUUCAGUUGUUAGAAUUAAGGAGACAGGAAAAAGAAACAGCAGAAAUACAGUUAGAGAUAGAACGCCAAAGAAAUGCAAAAAGUGAAUCAAGUUCUGAUGGUAUUAGAGCUAGGUCUCCAAAGUUACCUCGAUUUUAUGAAGACAAAGAUAACAUUGAUGCUUACUUACAACGAUUUGAACGUUAUGCCCAAAGCCAAAGUUGGCCAACCACAGAUUGGGCAAUGAAUCUUAGUGCUUUACUCACAGGAAAAGCCCUUGAUGUACAUGCUAGAUUGACCAGUGAUGAAGCAAAAGAUUACAGGACACUGAAGACAGCCCUCCUGAAGGCCUUCCAGCUUACAGCAGAAGGAUUCCGUGCGAAGUUUUAUUCAGGUAAACCAGCCAACGGAGAAACCGCAUCUCAAUAUGCGAACAGACUGGAGAACUACUUAACUAGAUGGAUUGACCUCUCCAGCAUCAACCAUCGAUAUGAAUGCCUAUUUGAUCUUCUUCUCAGAGAACAUUUCAUGAAUGGGUGCCAUCGUGACUUAGCCAUUUUCCUGAGGGAAAGACAGCCGAAGACUACUAAAGACACCGUGAAACUGGCAGAACAAUACUUAGACGCAAGAGGAGGCGUGUUCAGAGCACCACCGCAACAGAGGAAUAACCCUACAGUGCAUACCACAAGACCAGAAGGUAAAACUUAUACUCCUCAAACUCCACCCCGACCCCGAACACCACAAACGUGUUACACAUGUAACCAACCAGGUCACUUGUCUAGAAAUUGCCCCAAACAGGCAACCAAACCUAAUGUGCCUAAGACUUGUUUUAUAUGUCAUAAACCGGGUCACUUUGCUAAUAAUUGUCGUUUCUCUUCCAUUAAGUCAGCAGGUUUAUUGGUAUCACAGGAACCAGAAGCAGCCUGCGAAUCAGAAGUUGAAUCAGGAACCGAUGCUGAUUAUUCACAACCCGAAUAUUCAGAACCUAUCCCACACAGUCCAUGUCAAUGUCCAUCUUGUAUUAACACACAGGUUCGAAUAGAAGCCUCAUGCAUGGUGGUAAGGAUGCCACCCGAUACCCCUCCUUUUGAACCCACAGCAGACCAUGUCACAUUUAGUUGCGGACACAGGUUACCACUGAUGAGCGCUGCAUGCUCUGAUGAGUAUGUAGUCAAAGACAUGCCAGUUGUUGAAGGUAUGAUAGAUAACAAAAUAAUUUCAGUUCUAAGAGACAGUGGUUGCAGCGGAGCAAUCAUCAAACAAGAUCUCGUAUCACAAAAACAAAUGACAGGUGAAGAAUGUACUUGUGUUCUAAUUGAUCGUACAUUGAGAACCUUCCCAAUUGCAAUGAUUGAUGUAAACACCCCCUUUUACGUUGGUAAAGUUCGUGCAUUAUGUGUAAAAACUCCUCUCUAUGAUCUAAUUCUAGGAAACAUUCCUGGUGUAAAAUCACCAGAUCAUCCAGACCCACAUUGGAAGCCGACAAAGAUUGUCACGCCAGGUUGCGCAGUACAGACUAGAGCACAAACACAACGAGAAGGCAAGCCAUUUCGUCCGCUCAAGACUCCUAAUGCCAUGGAAGACAUUGUGACGCCAUCAGUUCUGAAAGAAGCGCAGCAGAAGGAUCAGACUUUGCAUCGACUACGAGAAUUGGCCGACAGCGGUGCAGAGAAAGUAAGUCGCCAUAGUAACAUCUCUUCAUUCAAGUACAGAGAUGGAAUACUGUUUAGAGUAUUUCAUUCUUCCAACACAGAUCCAGAUUCAGUAAUCAAACAAGUAGUUGUACCAAGCGAGUACCGUAAACAGGUUAUGCACAUGGCCCAUGAGAAUCUCCUAGGAGGUCAUCAAGGUGCAAAGAAGACAACAGAGAAAAUUCUCACCAAUUUCUUUUGGCCUGGGAUAAGUUCGGAUGUUACAAGAUAUGUCCGAUCAUGUGAUGUAUGUCAGCGUACAUUAGCUAAAGGCCGAGUAACCAAAGUUCCCUUGGGGAAAAUGCCGCUCAUAGAAGUCCCCUUUGAGCGUAUAGCCGUAGACAUAGUAGGACCAAUACAUCCCAUGACCGAUAACAAAAAUCGUUAUAUUCUCACUGUUAUAGAUUACGCCACCAGAUAUCCUGAAGCAGUUCCUCUACCAAGCAUCGAGACAGAAAGAGUCGCCGAGGCCCUUGUUAGCAUCUUCACCCGAGUUGGAAUUCCAAAGGAAAUGCUGACUGAUCAAGGAGCCCAGUUUACAUCAGAUCUCAUGAAAGAAGUAAGCAAGCUACUUUCUAUCCAUCACUUCACAACAUCACCGUACCACCCAGCAGCAAAUGGUCUCGUUGAACGUUUUAAUGGAACCCUCAAACAGAUGCUGAAACGUAUGUGUGCAGAGAACCCGAAGGAUUGGGACAGGUAUAUCACCCCACUUCUGUUUGCAGUCAGAGAAUCACCACAAGAAAGUAUGGGCUUCUCACCGUUUGAGCUUCUCUACGGAAGGAAAGUUCGCGGACCCCUCGACAUUCUCAAGGAACUCUGGACUGGUGAAGUUGAAACAGCUGAAACGAAAUCCACCUACCACUACAUCUUGGAUCUCCGUAACAGGAUCGAUGAGACAUGUAGAAAUGCCCAUGCCCAGCUUCAAUAGUCAUCAGACAGAUAUGCCAGAUACUACAAUCAGAAGGCAAGACACAGAGAACUUCAGGCUGGAGAUAAGGCACUUCUACUCCUCCCAACUGAUCGUAACAAACUCCUUCUACAGUGGAAGGGACCCUUCGAAGUAAUCUCCAAUGUAAGUCCUACUGACUACAGGAUUGAUCUAAAUGGUAAAUCAAAGGUAUUCCAUAUCAACCUUCUCAAAAAGUAUCAUGAUAGAAUUGACCCAUCUCCUUCUCUUUCAGAUACUCAGACGGCUUGUACUGCUAUCAUCGAAUGCGAGGAUGACGACACCGAAGAUGACACACCACAACUAACCAACACAUCUCUCUUACAGCCAUUUCCGUUGCAGGCAAAGGAGUCACUUAAUGAUGUCACAAUUAAUUCAGACCUUUCUUCCCCACAGAAAGAACAAAUCAAUGAACUUCUCAACCACUAUCAAGAUGUCUUGUCAGAUCUACCUGGAUGCACCUCGUUAGGCGAGCACAGCAUCAUACUAAAAGAUAAUGACUUUAAGCAUCUCAAGAGUAAACCUUACCCCAUUCCUUAUUCUCUUAGGGACACCGUCAAAGAUGAAGUGAAGACAAUGUUGUCUAUGGGAGUUAUUGAACCAUCAGAGAGCCCUAUAGCUUCCCCAAUUGUACUUGUCAAAAAACCCGAUGGAACUAAUCGUUUCUGUGUCGAUUUCAGGAAACUAAACAAGGUUACUUUGUUUGACGCAGAACCCAUACCAGAUCAAGAUGAGUUGUUCACCAAAGUUGCCCAUGCAAAAUAUUUCACAAAAAUAGAUCUAAGCAAAGGAUACUGGCAAAUGCCUAUGUCACCUGAAUCAAAACCUCUAACUGCCUUUCUCACACCCAACGGUCUCUUUCAGUUUACAGUUAUGCCGUUUGGCCUUGUAAACGCCCCUGCUUCCUUCAGUCGAAUGAUGAGAAGACUUCUUAAUGGACUCGAUGGAGCUGUGAACUACAUAGAUGACAUACUGAUAUACUCAACGACAUGGGAACAACAUGUUGCAACCCUCAACGAACUACUCAGUAGACUACGAGCUGCAAAGCUCACCGCUAGACCCAGCAAGUGUUUCGUCGGACAGUCAAGCGUUGAAUUUCUAGGGCAUGUGAUCAACAAAGGAACAGUGAGUCCACGUCCAGAGAAGCUCAAGGCUAUUCAAGAAAUCAGCCGACCACAAACCAAGCGGGAACUCAGGUCAUUCUUAGGUACGACCAACUACUACAGGAAAUUCAUCCCCAAUUAUGCCGCCAUCGCCGCACCACUAACAGAUAGGACAAGAAAUGCUGAACCCAACCAAAUCAGAUGGGAAACGAGUCAAGAACAGUCCUUCAACACACUCAAAGACAAACUCACCAACCCACCCAUCCUUCAUCUACCAGAUUUGUCACAAGAUUUCAUCCUCAGAACGGAUGCAUCUAAUAUCGGACUUGGAGCAGUUCUACUUCAGACGCAUGAAGGUAAACGAUUUCCAGUUGCUUAUGGAAGUCGCAAGUUACUGAAGAGAGAACAAGCAUACUCCACCAUAGAACGAGAGUGUCUAGCCGUAAUUUGGGCUGUUAGGAAGUUUGAGCCAUAUUUGUACGGAAGACAGUUUGUGCUCGAAACAGAUCACCAUCCUUUGACCUACAUGAAUAGUGUGAAUCCUGCUAAUGGAAGACUGAUGCGCUGGAUCUUAGCGUUACAGCCAUACAGGUUUAGAGUGGAGGCUAUUCGUGGUAGCGACAAUGUGGGAGCAGAUCUUUUGAGUAGAUUGUAAAUAAAUAAAUGAAAAGUAUA